AUGGCAGCGAAGGCGGGGGGAACAAAGUCGUCCGCGGACGCAUGGGCGGCCGCCGGUUGCGUGACGGCCGCGAAUACAGACGAGAGAGGAGUAGUCGCCUUAGUGAGCAGAGCGAAGGGGGUGGGCAUCAUACUGCGCUGCUUGUCGUCCGGCCUUUGCAUGGGCGCGGGGGAGGGGGAACUUGGCCGGACUCUUGCAGCCUACGACGCCAUCGACGAAGACGCCGAGACCAACAUUUUGGCACCCGUAACGCCUCUCCAUUUUUGUCAGGCGCGGACCCACAUCGAAGACUUCCUCGCUUCGUCCCUCUGGAGCCGCUCAUUGUUCCUGUUCCAACUGCUCAUGGGUGUUGAGUUGGACGCCGCAUUGGACACCGCGCGAUCGCUUCGCACGACGCCUGCCGAAACUUGCACUGCGACGCCUCCGCGAGGGGAAACUGUUGACGCCGUCGCCGUCUUCAACGUGCGCCGGGGCCCUCGCUCGGACGGUGCGACGCCGCGACGCAGAGGUGCGGAACAGGGGCGAAGCCUCACGCUGAUGCUAGUUGUUAGUAGAGCUGUAGUUAGGGCGUUUGAAUACCUGCAAGAAGGCGGCACUGAUGAUGGUGGACCAUGGCUUGAGCUUUUUGUAAGUGCGGCCCGGCACGCGGUGCUUCUCCUGGAGGUACUGCUUCUUAUUCGGUUUUUGAUUCGAGGGCGGGAGGGGGGACGAGAGCCGACGCAUCUCAGUGGGACACGGCGUUCCGAGGCACACUCAAGUCUAUUGUACGCCACCAUCCUUCGGGUGCUACAUGCCUACGAGUGUGCAAUAUGCUGCGUUGCGCGUCGCAGGAGCGGGGAUACGGCCCGGACUUGGAUGCAGCGCAGUACAACGGUUCUCCGCACGUUGUUGACGAAAUUGCUGGCGUGCGAUGCCAAAUUGAUGAAUAUAUUUAUGAAUGGAUCAAUGGGGGUUUCUGCAACGCCGCAGAAGUGCUUUACGGCGUCACAGGGAGGCCUCUUGACUCCGAUGGUGACAUUGCUGCUGCGCACAAUGAUGCUGACGAAGUGGGUCUCCGGCUCACACGGCAACUUCCCUCUAUUGAGAGUACUAAAUCCAAAUUUAAGGCUAAGAAAGCGAAAGGAAUGGCAAGGUGUGUUUAUGCAGAUGUUUCUUUGGUGGAUGGCUUUGCCCAUUGGAAGCUUCCGUCUGUGGCGUGACACGCUGAGGCGCAUUGCAGUACACGCUUUUCCGGCUGUCCCACAGCCGCUAACUUCGCCUCCCCUAACCCUAACCCUAUCGUUGUCGUUUUCGUCUGCAUGGCCGGAAGAGGCGGUGGACGGCACGGCCCCGCCACUCGCCUCUGCGGCGGAUAUUGCGUGGUCGGCGUCUGAGUUGCACGGGUGCCAGCGGGAGAUGGAUAUUGAUGCCACUGAAAUUCUGCUGGGGCUGCUGACUGAAGAGGCGGCUGACUGCGCCACCAACCACGAGACGGAGGCUUCGGUAGUCUACCAGCACUGCUUGCUCGCUGGCUUGGACGAGGCGGGCCACUUCUGCAGAAAGCAGCGAACUACCUCCAUGUUGUGCGAUGCCUAUUUACCAUUACCGUUGAAUAUCAAAAAGACGCCAGCUCAUGCGGAAUUGACGCCUCCCCACGAGGCGUUGCGCUUACGGCGCCUGAGUGAGAGUUGCGCCAGCUCUGUCAUGACACAAUUCCCCUGGAAGAGGCGCGUGCAGCAGAGGCGAGAAAGUCCCCGACUUUCCUUAGAAAACUCCACCGAAAUCGAUAGUGUCUCGCCAUGUUGGAAUUGCAUCAGCCCCUCCUUUGCACACACUUCAGACAACGCGGAGCUUGGCUCUUGCAGUGGGAGGACAUGCGGGGUUUUGACGGAGAACUCUUCGGUGGAUGACUCGAUGGAGCAUUACGAUCAUCCUCCCGCCCUGGCCUGCUCAGCGCCAGCUUGUUCUUCUGACGAAGUUCGUGGCUUGGGCGAAUCACUGACAGACGCACUUUCUCUCAGCGUAUGCGAUAUCCGAAAGCGAGGGCCGAACAGUGUGAAGCCGCCUGCUUUAACCUUACCCUUGCCUGGUGAGCUUUAUUCUAGCCUGUCAACUUAG